CUGCAUUUGGCAGAUAUUGUCAGACCGGUCGCUAUAAUGAAGCCCUCCGUCUGUUUGAAGAAAUGAAGGGCUCGGGUCUUACUCCUGAUCCUGUGAUCCUCGCCACUGUCCUCAGUGCCUGCAGCCGCACUGGAAACCUCUGCUUUGGUCAGGCGAUCCACUCCUACAUUGCUGAAACCAACCUUCAGAUCGACGGCCGCCUUCUAACUGCUCUCAUCACUAUGUACUCCAACUGUGGCUCAAUGGAAACUGCUAAAAAACUCUACGAUGGCCUCUCACCGAAAAACCCUGCUGCGUCAACCGCCAUGGUCUUUGGCUAUGCAAAGCUCAACCAGAUUGAAUUAGCUCGCUCCGUCUUUGAUUCAAUGGCUGACAAAGACCUUGUUGCUUGGAGCGCUAUGAUCUCUGGUUAUGCAGAGAGUGACCGUCCCGCUGAAGCCCUCAAAUUGUUCAAUGAGAUGCAGCUCUCAAAUGUGCGUCCUGACAAGAUCACAAUGCUGAGUGUCAUAUCAGCUUGUGCCAAUUUGGGUGCUCUCGACCAAGCCCAUUGGGUCCAUACCUAUGUCAGCAACAACGGUUUCAAUCGGGUCUUAUCAGUGAACAAUGCGCUCAUCGACAUGUUCUCAAAAUGUGGUUCCUUGACGAUUGCAAGGAAGAUUUUCAACGAGAUGCCAGAGAGAAACGUGAUCACUUGGACAGCGAUGAUCACUGGGCUUGCAAUGCAUGGUGAGGGGACAACAGCAAUCGCGCUUUUCGACCAGAUGAAGCUUGAAGGAGUCAGGCCGAAUAAAGUCACGUUCAUAGGUUUACUCUAUGCCUGUAGCCAUUCUGGUCUAGUUGAAGAGGGCCAGAGAGUAUUUGAGUCCAUGUCUGUGGACUUCGGGCUCGAGCCUGAGCAGCAACACUGUGGUUGCAUGGUUGAUCUCUUCGGUCGAGCGAAGCUCUUUAAAGAAGCCAUUGACCUCAUCAACUCAAUGCCCUUUCAACCAAAUGUUGUAGUCUGGGGUUCGCUAUUGUCAGCAUGCAGAUUACACGGAGAGGUUGAGCUUGGUGAGCUCGCAGCAAAGCGCAUAUUAGAGAUGGACCCCGGUCAUGACGGAGCUUACGUUCUGUUGUCAAACAUUUAUGCAAAGGCUGGAAGAUGGAGAGAUGUAGGAGAAGUGAGAAGGUCAAUGAGAUCGCAAGCAGUGUGGAAGGAGAGAGGGUGUAGCUGGAUUGGAUUGGAUGGAGAGGUUCACGAGUUUUUGAUGGCAGAAGAGUUGCAUCCGAGAUCGAAAGAGAUUUACGAGAAGUUGGAUGAGAUGGUGAAGAAACUGGAGGACGCAGGCUACAGCCCACAUAUAGGGAGUGUGUUGGUGGAUUUAGAAGAGGAGGAGAAGAGGAGGGCUGUUCUGUUGCAUAGUGAGAAGCUGGCUCUUUCAUUUGGAUUGAUCAGUACUGGUAAAGGUGCAAGCAUUAGGAUUGCAAAGAAUUUGAGGGUUUGUGAGGAUUGCCACAGUUUUAUGAAGUUGGCAUCCAAGGUAUUUGAGAGGGAGAUUAUAGUGAGAGACAGAACAAGAUUUCAUCACUACAGAAAUGGGGUUUGUUCAUGCGGAGAUUUUUGGUGAAUUCAUAUUAUAGCGGUGUUUUCUGCACUUAUUUGUUAACAUCGGAACGUUGUGACAUUAGUCGCCCAAAAUGUUGCCGAUGGAGAGAAACAUAGCCUGAGGAGCUCAUCACGUAAUGCGAGCAAUUUCUCCCAGAAUCUGAGCAUUCUGCUGAGUUGCUACUAGUACUAUACUAUGGUUAGGAAGUGUAAAUCCCCUACGACUUUGAUUGCAAAGAAAUCCUACAAAUAUAUUACGCAUACAUUAAAAUCUC